AGAACGCGCGUGAUGGUGUGCAGCGGGAACGGUAACGUCGCGUGACAGUCCGUCAGUGUUUAGAGUCCGUCAGUUAUGGCGGAGUACGCGAAUUUAGUGCGGCGGGCCGCGGGUCAGCUCACCGGUCAUGGCGGUGUUAGAGGCUUCCUGCUGCAGCUCUUCAGGGUGAAUGAUAUCAAGACUGGAGCCUUGGUGGGUAUUGACAAAUAUGGCAACAAAUACUAUGAGGACAACAGAUACUUUUUCGGCCGUCACCGAUGGGUGAUUUACACGACAGAGAUGAACGGCAAGAACACUUUGUGGGAUGUUGAUGGCAGUAUGGUCCCUGCUGAAUGGCACCGUUGGCUACACUGCAUGACGGAUGACCCUCCCACCACUCACCCUCCAGAAAGGGUGAAUGAUAUCAAGACUGGAGCCUUGGUGGGUAUUGACAAAUAUGGCAACAAAUACUAUGAGGACAACAGAUACUUUUUCGGCCGUCACCGAUGGGUGAUUUACACGACAGAGAUGAACGGCAAGAACACUUUGUGGGAUGUUGAUGGCAGUAUGGUCCCUGCUGAAUGGCACCGUUGGCUACACUGCAUGACGGAUGACCCUCCCACCACUCACCCUCCAGAACCCAAGAAGUUCCUGGCCAAAGUUCAUCAGUUCAACAACAGUGGCACACUGAACUGCUACGUACCCUAUUCAACCACUCGCAAGAAGAUCCACGAGUGGGUGCCACCAAAAGCCGGGGAGAAAUAAUCCCCUCAUCCUGUUUGUGUUCCCUUACCACCUUUGACCAGUUCUGCUGUUUGGAACAUUCUGUAAAUUGUAGCUGUAUAAUCAUCAAUAAAUUAAAACAAAUGU